UGACAAAUGGGCAUCAGGGAGAGCAGCUCCUCUCAUCUCCUCUCCUGCUCGGCCCGCCCCUGCUUCGCCUGACUUGCCUUGCCUUGCUUUGCUUCCUUUUGCCUUUGAGCUUGAGGCGCAUCCAUUGUGGCGAGCACGGAUCUCUCUCUCCCUCGCUCCCUCUUCGAUUCCCCUUUCUCUCUCUCUCUCUCUCUCUCUCUGCCUUGCAGCUCCACCGCCACCAAAGUGGCGCACAUCGACGAUGAUGCCACCUUUUGAGGAUGUCCCCAAUUUCUAAGCAGGUCGAGUGACAAGCCCGCUCCCCGAGCGCCACCAUGAUUGCCACCGGCGGCCUGCUGCGUAUGAACCGGCGCCAGGAUUCCCUGCGCUCCAAGAACCGCGCCGAGAACAAGAAGAAACGGAAAUCAAAGAAGAAGAAGAAGAAUGACGUGGUGGUAGUGAAAGGCAAACUGAACCUAUGCUCACCUGCUGGCCUGGUAGCGGCCGUCGGGCUUUUUGUCCUCAUGGUGGGCAUUUCCAUGGCUGUUCUAGGGUACUGGCCCAGCCAGAACCAGGAGAAAUAUCAAGAACGGCGCCGGACGGGGGUGCACCAUGGCAGGAUGAGUUACUCCCAAAGCCCCAACGCAUCCUCCAAUGUGGGCCGAGAUUCUCUCAACCUGCUGAACCAGAGCAACUCCAACGGCAGCAACCUGGCUCCGUCCCAUGCCCACUGCGGCUUUCUGUGCGGCUUCCUCGACAACUACCUGUACUCCGACAACCUCAAAGUCUUUGGACCACUGGUGAUGGGCAUCGGGAUUUUCCUCUUCAUCUGCGCCAAUGCUGUCCUUCACGAGAACCGUGACAAGAAGACUAAAAUCAUCAACCUGAGGGAUAUUUACUCCACGGUUAUAGACCUGCACAGCGUUCGCUCCAAGGAGUAUUCACCUCUCAACGGUUUGGUAAACUACACCCAGUCCAAGAGCGCAGAGGGUUCAUCGGGGAGCCACCUGCCGGGCCGCAGUUCCUGGCCCUCCUCUGCCGCAUUGGGUAGUGACGAGGUGUUCCGGCGUCCGUCACGUAGUUGGUCCAAGGACGUACAGACCUUCACUGACACAGUGUACAGCAUCUACAAGGACUACAGCAACGGCAGCGAAGAGGCCCCCCAGCCCCGCCAGUGGGACCCCACCUCCAUCGUCACCUCCUCGGUCAACGCCUUCACCUUGCCGGUCAUCAAGCUCAAUAACUGCGAGGCGGAGGAAGACGUGGUCAUCGAGGCGCAGGAUAACCACGAGGAAGCGCAGGGUGACGAAGAAAAGACGAUUCCUCUGCCCGAGGCCGUACCUGCCCCUGAGCCGCCCCAGUUGUUCCCACCGUCCCCGGUCGACAGGGCGCUGGGCUCACGCCUGUCCCUCAACUCACUCACGGACCCUCCGAGGUCAGCGCGUCGCUGCAGCCUGUCGGUGACCGUGUGCCACCAGAGUGAGCGGGUCAGGCGCUUCAGCUGUCCCCGCCUGGAGCGCUCCAACAGUAAGGGCUACUUCAAACUAAGCGAUCUUGGGGGCGAGUCUUUCGAAGCACCCGAUACUUCUUUCGAGAGGGACGGCGAGCAGGAAGUAGCAGUGACGGACACGGUGGCAACCGUGGACGAGGAUGCUCAGGAAGGCAAGGGACAAGCGAUACCCAGCACUUCUACAGAAUCCUAAAAGGAAUCCUGAGAAACUCUUGGAAGCCCCUUUCACACUGUUAACCAUUGAAACGGCAUUUCUUCAGCUCUGGUAUAUGGCCAUAUCCACAUAGCCCCCGUAGGUUCACACCCUCAGAUAAUUAGAUGCAUGGUUAGCAUCAGACAGAUACAACUGCUUUCACCACAAAAGGGAGUGUGGCCAGUGGGUUUCGGGUAUUGAUCCUUAUACACAACUGGUGUUAUAGCUCAAAUAUUUUGUUGAAAGCUAGCAAAUUCGAAGCAGCAGGUGUCCUUGAGGGUCACUAUCCAGAAUGUUUUCCCUUCUCCAAUGUAGCUGAAUCAAAUGAUCAGGAUUGUUAUCAGGCUCCUGCAGAGCUUGCUGAUUAGUUGGUCAAGUGAAUUAAGAGUUGUUAGAGAAGGGAGAAAUAUAAAACAUGCAGGGCAGGUCGCCUCUUGAACCGGAGUUAGGCACCUGUGUUCAAAGCCCUUAAAAACUCUCAUAAAGCCUCUUUCACACUGUCCAACUGUUGAGCCGACAAAUUCACAAGUUGAAGUGAACCCACCAGCAUCUGUAGCCUACACGCAGGACAGCAAGCCAGGAAAAAGCUGAGAUCGGCAUCGUAAAUGGGGCUGUUCGCGCAAAGGAAUGCUUCCUUCGAUACUAUGUCAGGAGUCAACAAAUCUGUGGGACAACUGCAAUCUGAGAUGCAUUGAACAUAGAAUAGCGAAUUUAGAAUAAAGCUGAUUGAAGUGGGUAAGACAACACAUAAAUGGCUUUGUGGAACCUUUAGGUCUCUGAAACCAACUAAUUUCCGGUUGACAUCAACACCGGUGCAUUUAGCAUUAGUUCCCAACAUACAGAAUAGUAAGCAGAACAAAACAAAACAAAACAAAAAUACCAUAGAUGGCCAGUGUUAAAAGAGAUUUUAACCCAAGGGGAUAGUCCUUUUCAUAUAGCUGCCAUUCUGCCACUCAUCUACUACAUCAAAUGCCAUCAGAAGUGUGGGUUUACCUCACCUGAUGAUUAUCCCAGUAACUUACACAAAUAGCAGUGAGCUGGGAAAAAAGUUUAUAUGGGCAGUGUGUAACGGGCUUUGGACACAAAGUGGUGGUCCUUUCCACUAAUCGUUGAGACUACGAAGCUGGCAAAUUCGCAGAUGACACAACUGUACUUGACGCGGAGGAGAGCGAGAAAAUGCCUGCAGAGAUGGCCAGUGUGAAAGGAGCUACAAUCUGUCUUUGCUUCAUAUUUUCCGGAAGCGAGACCAUGAAGAUUGAAAGGGCAAGGCACCUCCUUUUCUGCACACACCACAACUCAACCGUUCAGAUGUGAGUUUUCUAUUUUUUCAAUGUAGCAAGAGCAAUACUAAUGAUUGUUGAAUGGACUUUAAAACAAAAUGCAGGAUUGGAUUUUACCUUUGAUUUUGGUAUUGCAGUUGAGGGUCGGGGGGGCGGACUGUAGCUUGUUACAAGCACAGACGUUACUGGAAGGCGACUGACUGAAGCACCUGUAGCAUCAAACUUUAAAAGUCUACACUUGUCAAGAUGAAACUCAGGUAGACGCUUGAUUUAGGAGCCAGCGUGGAGCUCUGUGAGGGGGACGGCGUCUUCUCUGCACACUUCACUACAUGGUGGACAAACUUUUGAACUACAACUGCAAUCCCCACCAACCCUCCCCUUUUGGCCCCUCUUCUCCUAACACUAGCGUCCUAUUGUGCACAAGCGAAUGCGAAGUAGAUUGUUUGCGCCAAAUAGUUUCACUUGCAUCAUGGAAAAGCAUUAAAAGAUAACAAAAUAA